AUGGAGACAUCAGCGUUGCCAACGCCACGCACCAGCAUGUCAGACACCGCCAGGGCAAGCACGAGCUCUCGUGCCGCCUCGACUACGAACGAGGCGAACAACAAGUCGCCCACCGCCACGGAUCUCGAAAAGGGCGAGGCACCGCAAUCCAAGCCCGGCCCGUCCAAGGAGGCGGCAGCAAAAUCGGACGCGGAUCCCAACCUCGUCACCUGGGCCGACAACGAUGCGGAGAACCCGCUCAACUGGUCGCGCGCACGAAAGAUCAUGCUGCUCUGCGUCGUCACUUCGUGCGCCUUUUGCGUCACCAACACAUCGUCCAUCAUCAGCAAUGCCUACCAGGGCAUCCAGGACGAGUUCCACGUCUCGCGCGAGGUCGCCAUUCUCGGCCUCAGCCUCUUUGUGAUUGGGCUAGGUAUCGGCCCAAUGUUGUUAGGCCCGCUCUCCGAGUUCUAUGGCAGACGUCCUGUCUACCUCGUCUCCUACACCGCCUUCACCUUGCUCGGCUUGCCUGUGUCUUUUGCCAACAAUCUCGCCGUCUUCCUCAUCUUCCGCUUCCUCACCGGCUUCUGCGGAUCCGCCUUCCUCAGUGUUGCUGGCGGCAGUGUGUCGGACAUCUUUGCUGCCAGCGACAUCUUUGUGCCCAUGGCCAUCUACACCAACGGACCCUUCCUCGGACCCGUGUUUGGUCCGCUGCUCAGUGGAUUCAUCAACCAAAAUACGAACUGGCGCUGGACGUUCUGGACGAUCAACAUCUGGUCGACGGUGAUGCUCGUCAUCCUUGUGCUGUUUGGACCCGAGUCGUAUGCUCCGGCAUUGCUCGCCACGAGGGCAAAGAAGCUGCGCAAGGAGACGGGCAAUACCGAGCUGUACGCCGAGCACGAACGUGUAGUCGCGCAAAAGUCGCUCCCGAGGACCAUCUUGACUUCGUCCACAAGGCCGUUCCAGCUGCUGGCGCGCGAGGCCAUGCUGACGCUGCUGUGUCUGUGGUCGGCGCUCUUGCUAGGCAUCCUUUACCUAUUCUUCGUGGCUUUUCCCAUCGUGUUCGAGAAGCACGGGUUCAACCUACAGGAGAUUGGUCUGUCGUUCCUCGGUAUCGGCAUUGGCAUGAUGAUUGCCGUUGCGACGAUGCCGUUGUGGGCACGUCACUACACGCGUCUCGUCGAAACCAAAGGAAAUGGUGUUGCUGAACCCGAGUUCCGCCUGCCAGUUGCUAUGGUCGGAGCGAUCCUUCUGCCGAUCGGCAUGUUCUGGUUCGCAUUCACCACCUACCCGUCGAUCCACUGGAUCGUGCCGAUUCUCGGAACCGUGGUCUUUGGCGUCGGCAUCAGCUACAUCUUCACCGCCGUGUUCACCUACACGACACAUGCGUACAGGCCCGUGGCAGCAUCCGCCAUGGCGGCCAACUCGUUCUCGCGCAGCUCCUUUGCCGCCGCAUUCCCGCUGUUUGCAAAGCAGAUGUACGUCGGCAUGACCAUCCAGGGCGCAUCCGCGUUCCUCGCCGGUCUCAAUGUGCUCAUGAUCCCAGUGCCGUUCGUCUUUUACAAGUACGGAAAACAGAUCCGCGCACGCAGCCAGUUCACGCUCACGUAG